UGUGUGUUAAAUAAUUCUUACAUUUCUUAUCUCUCCUCCUUGGAACCCGCGUUGUGUUUCUGUACAGUCUCAACUCUUUCUUCACACGGCGGAGUUUAUAUUGUCAUUACAUACUCUCUAUUAGUAGAAAUCAAAUCUACUUUGGUUUUUCCGAAAACCCUUUUUGCUAUAUCCAAACAUAAUACUGAAGGAUACGUAGAAUCCUUUGAAAUUUUUUUAAUACGGAAUGAGUAUUGUAAGUAACAGAGUGAUGUUUCUAUCAGGAUCUAUUGAGAUUCAGCCUUUAUCGCUCUGAUUUAUCCAAAAGAAAAUUGGGGAACGAUUUUAUACUUUGAUAAUUUGAGGCUUCUGUAGCAGCUAGUGCAAUAACUUAUUGAGUGAUUUAUGUUUGUUGGACAUCUUCAAUGUCUUCACAUAUAGAUGAAACAUUCAACAAUGCAAUGGAGAUGAUGAAUUUUGAAGCAUAUGCCGGAUGGUGCUCUAGCCCCCAUGCUAUAGAGCAAAUGUUUGCCUCUUAUCCAUCAUUUUCGCCGAUUAAUCCAAUGUCCAUCAAUUAUGCACCUUUUGAACAAUUGAAUUAUGAACAACAGUUUCCCUGUGAAGGGGAAAAUUGGAUGUUUCAGCAGAAGAAUGAUGACCAGUUUCGCGACGAGGCUGAUUAUGUUACUGAUACUGACAACUGUAUAAUCCCAAAGUCACCUUGUCAAUCACUUCCAGAGCGAAUGCUCAAGGCAUUAGAACUAUUUAAAGAAUCAUCUGGUGCGGGAAUCUUGGCUCAGGUUUGGAUUCCAAUCAAGAAUGGUGAUGAUCAGUACAUUUUAAGCACCUGUGAACAGCCAUUUCUACUUGAUCAAGUUCUAUCUGGAUAUCGAGAGGUAUCCAGGAAAUUCACUUUUGAUGUGGAAAUGAAACCAGGAUCUUUUCCAGGUCUUCCUGGUCGGGUUUUUACCUCGAGAAUACCCGAGUGGACAUCAAAUGUUCAGUACUAUAGAGAGGCCGAGUAUUUACGUGUACGAUAUGCAGUUGACAAUGAAGUCCGUGGAUCAAUUGCUUUACCAGUUCUAGAGGAUGAUGGACAUGAUUCGCAGUGUUGUGCAGUACUAGAACUAGUCACUACAAAAGAGAAGCCAAAUUUUGAUUUGGAAAUGGGACAUGUUUCCCGGGCUCUACAGGCCGUAAACUUAAGGAGCACAACACCUACUCGAUUUACUUCCCAGAGUCUCUCCAAGAAUCAAAGAGCUGCUUUAGCUGAGAUAAAAGAUGUUCUACGAGCAGUUUGCCAUGCUCAUAGGUUGCCUCUUGCUUUGACGUGGAUUCCCCGUAUUUGUACAGGAGGAUGUAUUGCAAGCUCAGAUGAAAAAAGUGUAUUAUGUGUUGAGAAUACGGCAUGUUAUGUGAGGGACAAGGAGAUGCACGGAUUUCUUCAUGCAUGUAUGGGACAUGAUCUCGAGGAUGGACAAGGUAUUGUUGGGAAAUCUCUCCAAUCCAACCAUCCCUUCUUCUAUCCUGAUGUGAAAGAGUACCAUAUAAGUGAGUAUCCACUUGUUCACCAUGCACGGAAGUUUGGUCUAAAUGCUGCAGUUGCUAUCAGAUUACGUAGUAUAUUCACCGGUGAUGAUGAUUACGUAUUGGAGUUCUUUCUUCCUGUCGAUAUAAAGGGAAGCAACGAACAACAGCUUCUCUUAAAUAACCUCUCGCGUACCAUGCAGAGAAUUUGCAAAAGUCUGAGGACAAUAUCAGAUGCUGAAUUAGUUGGACAAGGGGGUGCAAAUUGCGGGUUACAGAGUGAAUCAGUUCUGGAUUUAACACCAAUUGACUUGUCAAGGAAGAUUUCUCAGCAUUCAUUAUUAGGCAGAACUUUAGAUUUGAGUAAAGCAACUUUAGACGUAUGUGAUUCAGAAAUAGCUGGAAUGGAAGCUGAUGGUUCUCGCGAACAGACAAGGAGUGCACCAAGAAGACAGAAGGAGAAAAAAAGAAGCGCGGCGGAGAAACAUGUCAGCUUGAGUGUUCUUCAGCAAUACUUCUCUGGGAGCCUCAAGGAUGCUGCCAAAAGCAUUGGUGUGUGUCCAACUACAUUGAAAAGGAUAUGUCGGCAACAUGGGAUCCCAAGAUGGCCAUCCCGAAAAAUAGGCAAAGUGAAUCGUUCUUUAGUAAAGAUACAAACUGUGCUUAAAUCAGUCCAAGGGAUAGAAGGAGGAUUCAAAUUUGAUCCAGCCACUGGAGGUCUAGUUGCAGCAAGCUCUAUCCUUCAAGAUUUUGACUCAGAGAAAUGUAUCCUCUUUCCCUGCAAAGAUAUCUGUGUGAAAAAUCCGGAUUCCCUUUUUCAGGAUGAUGUGUCUGUCCUCCAAACUUCAUGCAUUGACAACCACGAGUCUGUGGUGAAAAUGGAAGAGGAUACACAUGUGGAUGGAAACCAACUAGCAGAGUCAAACAGUCCAUUUUCUGGAUUUUGUCAUGGCUGCAAAUUGGCCGCAUUAGAUGCAGGGUGGCCUGUAUGUCAGGACAAAAUGCAAUGUACCAACUCUAGAAAUGUGUCACUAGGUUCUUUCUGUACGAAAGAAGGAUGCAGGAGUUGUCGUUUGAGCACAAGCAAUUUAAAGUUGGACAAUUCCGGCUGCCAUUUCAUCAGUCGCUUCCUACAUUCCAUGCCUGACAUUGAUGAUGUUGAGACAAAAACUAGAGCAAGUAACGAAAUGGAUGGAGAUGAUGUUGUUAUGGAACAUAACAAAGGAAGUUCUUCAGGCAUGACAGAUUUGUCCAAUGUGUCCGGUUCAAUGAUGAAUGGCAGUUCAUCAAGCUCCCACAGUUUUGGUGAACGAAAGCAUACCAAAGUUAAGGCAAGCAGUGAAGAUGGUGCGUCACAAAUUACCAUAAAAGCUACUUACAAGGAAGAUAGAAUCCGAUUUAAAUUUGAUCCUUCAGCAGGGUGCUUUCAACUCUAUGAAGAGGUUGCAAAGAGGUUCAAACUGCAGACCGGGGCGUUCCAGCUCAAGUAUCUUGACGAUGAAGAGGAAUGGAUGAUGAUGGUAAAUGAAGAAGACUUGCACGAGUGUCUUGAGAUACUCGAUUCUGUUGGUACUCGUAGCGUAAAAUUUCUUGUGCAAGAUGUAUCAUGUGCUAUAGGUAGCUCAGGCAGCAGCACCAGUUGCUUUUUGACAAGUGGCUCUUAGUUAUACAGUGCAGAGAAGCUUCUUGUGUUGUAUGGUCUUGGCAGGAAUACUCCAUCAGAGCCGUGGAGGAUUUCAAGUAUAUAUGGAUCAGCUGUUGGUUCAGUAGAGCUCUUUGUUCUACUAUCACUUUUAUGCAGUUGAUAUCGAGUCAUCGAUACUUGAUCCCAGCAAGAGAUCCUGAUAAGAAAAACUGAAGUCCAUAAGAGGAUGCACUAAUAGAAGCAUAGUCGGCCAAAAUCAUUUGUUAAUAUGUUAUAUAUGUUGUGUAUAGGUGAGAUAAGUGUCAGGUAAUUGUAAGAGUUUAAAAUAGUUAAGGCACUGCCUCGGCUGGUAAAAACUGUUAGUUUAAGAUAAUGCUUAAAGGUAAUGGUGAAAAGUAACCUUUAAUAGUCUUUCUAUAAGAAAUACAAAAAGUUGUCCCUUCUGAUGUUAGGAUAUUUCUCCUUUGUAACAUUAGUCACAAUGUCAUAUCUUUGCAUGAACAUGAAAAACAAAUAUUCGCAUUA